CAGAAAUGACAGACACAGAGUUGAGACAAACGCAACCGACCCUCUGUCAACGAAUCUGCUGCUGUUUCAGUUCGACUUCCAAAGAGCCACCAGUUCAGCUAAUACGAUCCGAAACACUGCAUGCAUCCACUCCAAAGACGAAUGGGCAACACAUUUCGGCCGCUGAAGCGUCUAUCGAUGGUUUCGAAGAUGUGAAUUUGGAUGUCCGGACCACAGUCGCAAAUUCAAGUCCGAAGGCAUCGAGGGUGAAAAAAGAUGAUCUCAACGAUAUCAAUAUGACUGAUAUUAUGAUGGAAGAAGUAUUUCGAGAAGAAAAACCGGAAGAUGUAGAAUGCGUCAUAGAGGAUGCUGUUUCUAUUAGCACCGACGUCAUACAAGAAGUAGACGAAACAGAAUUAUCACGGCUGAGACUUCGCCCUUCCAUGGAUACCCCACCGCCAGAAGAAAAAGUCAAAGAACUCGUUUAUGAUCCCGAGAAGUCUUCACACAAUAAUGAUGACGCUGAUGCUCGGCUUUCGGAAGAACGUCCAUCGAAUCUUGCAUACCCCGAGAAACCCUCACGCACCGAUAAUGAUGUCGAUGGUCGGCUCUCGGAAGAACUUCCAUCGACCUCGAGAUCAGAGGAGACAUCAAGUCAAGCUUCUAGUGAGACUGAGUAUGCGACUCCCGUAGUGGAAGCAGCUCCGUUGACAGUGAUUGUGGAAGAAAAAACAAUUGAAGUGUCGGAGGAGCAGUCGAGGAGUCCCAGCAUCAUCGAAGAGACGUUGCCCUACUCAGAGCACGAAUUGGGAGAGGAGAGAAAGGAAGAUGCAGACUCGGCCUCGUCCAUAUCCGAAGAGGAAAUCAUGGUGGUUUCACCGCAUGCUCAGAAAGCAUUUGAACCUACCACAUUUCCUGCAAAGUCUAUAAUGUAUGCGGAUACGUCGUCUGAUGACGACAGCGACGAAGAAGAGGAACGUGAGGUGUUACCUCCAGUACAAAGAUCGCAGAAAAUAAUGGAUUUCGACAAGAUAAGUGAACCGACGCAGAAUGGCAGACUUGAGAGUGAAUCAACGCUGGCCUCAAACACCUUCGGAGAUUCCGCUUCGGAAGACGAAGAAAUUGUGGAGAACACUUUGAAAAUGCCGAAGCAGCAAACCUUAGCCGUAACCAGAAUUGUGGUGAGAGACGACGGCCGGCCUGAUGAGCUCACCUCCGGCAUUAUGAGAGUAAACCUCGAUGGCAGAGAGGCCAUUACAGACGAGGAGUUCUCGGAAAAACUCAUCUGACGCUCACCAGGAGUUUACCUUGGUUUUUCUCGCCAUUCUUGGGGCGUUGUUAGCUCCUG